CACCACACAAAUCCAAUCCAGAAAAUAUCACGUAAUAAAUUAUGAAAAAGCCACCAUAUACGUACCUCAGACAACGAAAUCUAACAAACCUGCAAAAAUUAAGAGACAAAAAUGGCAGCAGAGAGUGAGUGCAUAAAGUCACAUGUUAUUAUGAUAUCAGUCCCAUACCAAGGUCACAUUAACCCCUUUGUCAGCCUUGCUCUCAAGCUUGCUUCUAAUGGCUUUUCCAUCACUUUUGUUCAUUUCGAAUUCGUUCACCACAAAUUAUCCAAGGCCCUCAAUAGCAAUAACACAAGCUCUACUGAAGUCGAUUUAUUCUCCGAAGCUCGCGAAUCAGGUCUUGACGUACGUUACACAACCAUCGAAGAUGGUUUUUCUUCUGAAUUUGAUCGGGAACUCCACUUUGAGAAGUACUGGGAGUCCAUAACGUUCGAUCUUUUAGGUAUGAUCGAUAAAUUUGUUGGAAAGACAAUCCAAUCUGAUCCAAAUUCAGUCCAUUUCUUGGUUGCCGACUGUGUUUACGCAUGGCCUGGAGCAAUUGCCGACAAGUACAACCUUGUCAAUGUUUCAUUCUGGACCGAACCAGCCUUGGUAUUUUCUUUACAGUACCACAUGGAGCUUCUAAGAGAAAAGGGUCAUUUUCCAUGUAAAGGCAAUAUAGACGAGGAAAUAAACUACAUUCCAGGAGUUGAGUCGAUAAGCACAAGGGACUUCAUGCCAUAUCUUAAAAAAGCAGAAUCGGAAUAUGUACCGACUAGAGCUGCAUCCGUGGCAUUCGAGCGAGUAAAGAAGGCGGAUUUUAUCCUACACAACACUGUGUAUGAGUUAGAAUCCCAGACACUCUCGGCUCUCAGCACAUACCAACCAAAUUAUGCAAUUGGCCCUAUUAAGUUCUUCAAGAAUAUUCCAACAAAUGAUGUCAGCAAGAGUUUUUGGUCUGAAACAGACUGCACCAACUGGCUAGACUCCAAGUCCCCCGGCUCGGUUUUGUAUGUUUCGUUUGGAAGUUUUGUGCCAACAAGUAAGCAGGUUAUCGAAGAAUUAGCUUAUGGGCUUCUUCUCAGUGAAGUAAACUUCAUUUGGGUGAUUCGACCAGGUAUCCUCGGUUCUGCUGAUAACAACGUUUUACCCUUUGGAUUUGAGGAUGAGAUUAAGGAUAAAGGAUUGAUUAUUCCAUGGUGCAAUCAGAUUAAGGUUCUUUCUGAUCCAGCGGUUGGAGGGUUCUUGACACAUUGUGGGUGGAACUCUACGUUGGAAAGCAUGUGGUGUGGGGUUCCCAUGAUUUGUUAUCCUAUGGAUUGGGAUCAACCGGUCAACAGAAAACUAGUGGUUGAUGAUUGGAAGAUUGGGAUUAAUCUUUGUGAAUAUGGAACAUCAGUUGAUAGGAAAAAAGUUGCUGAGAAAAUUAAGAAGUUAAUGAGUGGAAAUACUUCUAAGAGCUUGAGGCAAGAAGCAGAUAACGUAAAGGCGAUUUUACAGAAGGCAGUCGAAAUUGAUGGAUUGUCCGAGGGAAGCUUUGCGCAAUUUAUCAAUGAUUUGAGGAAGAAUCUACACGAAACAGCUUUAAAUGUAAAUAAAAAAUGACCAACUAGAGAUGCAGUUGAUCAUUUUGAGUCAUACCACUUGUACAUAUUUUUAAGAAUCAAUUCUUGAAUUCCGUUUGGUUAACCUACAAACUACUCCGUAUUUUUCAAGUUUUAUUGGAUUUCAUA